UGCCUAACAAAACAACACAAGCGCCGCCGCGACAAGCGCUACGCAUCGAUUGCGCUAGCCGGCACUGGUUUCGAUACCAUUUCUGCGAACCACAGCGCAGCGCUUGGCCGCACGGCGUGAAGCGACACCUGCUUUGUACUGGGGCUACAGACAAAGCUUGCAAAGUUCCUCACGAACGCGCGGCAGCCAUCCGAACAUGGCAUCGGUCGCCGAGCUCCUCCCUAGAGCCGCGCGCCUGAAGUAUGAAUUAGAAGUGCAGCUACGAGCGGUCGAGCAGGGCGCCGGCGACGCGGGCGACUGCGGCAUGGGUCUGCGCGAGCUCUUCACGCAGAUUAACACGCUGCGCCAGUUGCUCAACGCGGAGCGGCCCGAGCGGCGCAAUCUCUGGAAGGUCAAGAUUGACGAAUUGGGCCACGAGGCGCAGUUCCUCUCGAACGAUUUGAGGAGGGUCACGAACUUCCACCAGCACCAACGGGAACGGGACUCGCUCUUCCGGCGGCGGGCCGGGGCGGCGCCGUCGUCGGCCCACGACGAUUUGUUAGAGGCCGAGGACAGCUACGCGCGGUCGGGGAACCAGGUCGACCGCGGCGUCCCGUGACGUUCCGCUCAUGGAGGUGGUGAAUUGGACCGCGCGUCGCCGCGAUGGCGUGGAGGUGGUGGAAAAGGCACCGGCACGCCAUCGCCGCGACGACGCACCGCCGCGUCCUCACGAGCGUGCCACGCAGGUCGACGAGCUCAUGGAGACCGGCCGCGCGUCGCUCGAUUCAUUGCGGGCGCAGCGCGAGCGGCUCAAGAACACGCACCGGAAUGCGUUAGAUAUGAUCAACAAGCUCGGGCUCUCGGACACGGUCAUGAAGCUGAUCAACUCGCGGAACCGGCAGGACCGCAAGAUCGUGGUCGGCGGCUUCGUGUUCUUGUUCGUGCUGUUCUACCUGUGCAUGCGGUGGCGCGGGUAAGUACGUGUGUGUUGUAG